AUGUAUGUAUUUUUCUUUUUUUAUUCCUUUAUAGGGGAUAUUUUAAACCUACAGGUCUAUUAUCCUUGGGAGUUCCUUUCCAGCUCUCCUUGCAGAACAGUUGUAUUCCCAUUAAUGACAUCUGGAGUUACCUACUGGGUGAUCAAGUCCUUGCAGCAGCUGGACAUAUGUUCAAGUUGCAUCAACAGCUACACCCUUCUUGUAUCACCUCGCCUUCUCUUUACAAUCUUUUCUUUCAUACUUGACUAUAGUGUUUAUCGAUUAGCUCCUUUCUGGGAAGUGGAUCCAUGGAAAGCACUGGUACUUCUUGCCGGAUCGUAUGUCACUCUGGUAUUUUAUACAAGAACGUUUACCAACACGCUUGAAGGACUUCUCUUUGCUCUUCUGAUGGUAUUGGUUUCCUCAAGAAAGUCUGAUGGCAGCUUAGCAGAGCCUACAAGCAGCUCUCUCGUGGGUAUUAUAACAACUGCUGGGUUUUUCAACAGGCCAACCUUUCUGGCAUUUGCUCUAAUGCCCCUGCUUUACUGGGCAGGUUUAAUUGUUGACUCUCAAAAGAGCGUUAAAACUGUCAUAAACCACUUUUUGAAGCUUGUCCUAUGUGCAUGUUUUACUGCCAUUGUUUUCAUAACAGCCGACACCUUCUAUUUUACCUCCGUGGGCUUAGACAACAUCUACAGCAUUAGAAAGAGCAGCCUAUUUGAUUUAAUAGGUCAAUUAAAUGAGAAAAUGAUAGUAACCCCUUUCAAUUUUCUCAGCUAUAAUCUUAAUCCUCAUAAUCUUGCACUGCACGGAAGUCACCCACGAGUUACACAUUUUACAGUCAAUGGAAUAAUGCUCUUUGGGAUCUUACAUAUUCUGGCCAUUGGUGCCGGUUUUAAAAUGUUAAAGAAGUAUAUCCAUCAAUUAAUAGGGGUCAGAUCAUAUUACCAUGGGUCGUCUGGGCUAUUGGUGCAUUCCGAGGGCAAUCCAACAUUACUGCUGUUUUAUUUUGUUCCCUUGGCAUUUCUCUCCCUAUUCAGUCACCAAGAACCUCGGUUUCUCAUUCCCCUCAUCUUGCCAUUAGUCCUGUUCAGCACAUCACAGAAUAGAGCUAUGAAGUGGAAACAUGUCAUUAUUAUUUUCAAUAUUGUCGGGGCUUUGCUGUUUGGGUGCUUACACCAAGGAGGACUGAUACCAUGUUUGUUUCACUUGGAGCAACUCAUGCGCUCUCCAGAGUCCUCAAACCAUCCAAGACACUAUACUCUACUCUUUGCUCACACCUACAUGCCUCCUAGGUCUCUGCUUAACAUCAAGAAGAGAGACACGCAUAUAGAAGUCAUUGAUAUGGCUGGGUCUGAAGAAGAAACCCUCUGCCAAACAGUGGAGCAGCAAGCAAACAAUUUUACCUGCAACGACUGUCAUGUCUUUGUUAUAAUCCCUGGUACAGUCAGAGCCACAAUUACAAAAUGUGGUGUCUCAUUCAAGAAUGAGACUUUGAUAUUUCCACACUUAUCAAUGGAAGACCCACCACAAAUAUCCUUUCUAUUCAGUGGAAAUUGGAGGAGUCAGUUAGGACUGUACAUCCUUCAGCUAGACAGAGAUCAGCAGAGCCUUUAG